AGCAACUAGUGACAGAUGGAAGAAAGCACAGGCAACAGUGGACAUUACAGAUUUUCAACUCAAGCAUAGACAAACUGGCUGACUUUUAAAGACCGACUGGCAUAGACAUGGCUUCUGGAGUUGAGGAGCACAGAUUCCUAAUCUUGGCCUUUUUUGCUUUGAUACUCCCGUUUAGCUUUGCGUGUCCAGAAACAUGCCGUUGUUCCAUUAGUUCUGUGCAUUGUUUUGAACCGGACACUAUCAGUAUGGUCCCAACACUACCCUCCCAGGACAGCGAGAACAUCACAGAGAUUUACAUUGAAAGCCAGACUAUGCUGAUUAACUUAACAGAAAUUGAAUUUGCAAACUACAGAGAGCUGAAAAAUCUGACUAUUACCCUCUGUGGAUUAUCUUACAUCUCAGCCAUUACCUUCCAAAACAAUCUGAAGCUUCAAUAUGUCAAUUUGGCUUCCAAUUCCUUAGAGUACAUUUCCUGGAAAGUAUUCCAUUCUCUUCCUCUGCUUGGUCUAAUUUUGAAGGACAACCCAUUUGUCUGUUCUUGUGACAUAUACUGGUUACAACAAUGGCAGCUGAGCGGGAGAGCAGACCUUUUUAAUCAAUCACUUCACUGCCGGGACCAGGAACAUCCUUAUCCAUUGGAGACCAUAACGUUAGCAAACUGCAGUUUACCUAAGGUUUCUAUCACACCAGAUAUGAUAACUGUAAGGGAGGGCUCCAAUCUCACCUUUACUUGUCAAGUUUCUGGAACUCCUGUACCCACUGCAAAAUGGCAAACAGAAUACCUGCACUCUGAUUUCAUUAUGGAGAAUCUCGUUGGCACUCCAGACCUGGAAGUGGUCCUGAAGCUGUUCAAUGUUUCAUACAUAGAUAACCAACUAAACCUUACCUGCAAGGCACACAAUCAAGCUGGACCCAGUGAAGUGUCAGUUCCACUCAACAUCCUUUUUCCUGCAAAAAUCUGCUCUCUUGAAAAUGCUGUGUCUCAACAUCACUGGUGCUUUCCAUUUAUUGUUGAUGGAAAUCCAACCCCCACUUUUCGCUGGCUGCUAAAUGGCACGGAGCUUCCCACAUCACCGUAUAUUUUCACACAGAUCACCAGUGAAGUAGAUGAUGGAUCGAAGCUUCAUGGCUGCUUGGUUCUUAACAAGCCCACACACCUGAAUAAUGGCAACUACACUCUGAUUGUUAACAAUGGUCUCGGUAAUGCCACAGCCACAGCUGAGGGCAUCUUCAUGGAUAGCCCACCAGGUGACCCAUUCGGAAUCAUCCCAGUGAACACUUUGCCUGACGAAAAAUCCACUAGAAAGCCUUCAGAGAAUGUGAAAGAAAACCCAGAUAACAGAAAUUUUGCAGUAUCCGUUGCUGCUGGGCUGGCUGUGUUUGCAUGCAUCUUUCUCAUAGUGAUGCUAUUUGUAAUCAACAAGUGCCGACAGCAGUCAAAACUGGGAAUUCACCGAGCCGCUGUUCUUGGCACUGAAGAGGAUUUCUCUGUUUCCCUCAAUUUCAUGAAAUUUGGAGCCAGCAAUCCAACGUCAGAAGAGGGUGUACUAGAAGGAGGACUCUCUAGUUUCAUUGAGAACCCCCAGUACUUUAGUGGCAUCUUCAAGGACAAGGACAUGUGUGUACAACACAUCAAAUGGCGGGACAUAGUCUUGAAAUGGGAGCUAGGAGAAGGAGCAUUUGGAAAAGUGUACCUGGCAGAAUGUUUUAACCUCUCUCCAAAGCAAGAAAAGAUGCUGGUGGCUGUUAAGACCCUCAAGGAUGCUAGUGGGACGACUCGACAGGACUUUCAGCGGGAGGCUGAGCUGCUCACAGUCUUACAACACGAGCAUAUUGUACGCUUUUAUGGGGUGUGCACAGACGGCGAACCAUUAGUCAUGGUCUUUGAAUACAUGAAGCAUGGAGACUUGAAUCGCUUCCUCAGAGCUCAUGGCCCUGAUGCCCGAAUAUUAGAUGAUGGAAAGGUCCCACUGCUUGGUCAACUGACACUACCUCAGAUGUUGCAGAUUGCGGCACAAAUCGCUUCAGGCAUGGUCUAUCUGGCAUCACUUCACUUUGUGCAUCGAGAUCUGGCUACUCGAAACUGUCUUGUUGGAGAAGGCCUUGUGGUCAAGAUUGGGGAUUUUGGCAUGUCCCGAGAUAUCUACAGCACAGAUUAUUACAGGGUUGGAGGUCGUACUAUGUUGCCUAUUCGUUGGAUGCCUCCAGAGAGCAUCAUGUACAGGAAGUUCACUACUGAGAGUGAUGUUUGGAGUUUUGGAGUUGUUCUUUGGGAAAUUUUCACAUAUGGCAAACAACCCUGGUAUCAGCUCUCCAAUAAUGAGGCCAUCGAAUGCAUCACACAAGGCCGAGAACUGGAGCGCCCCCGUACCUGUCCCAAAGAGGUGUAUCUCAUUAUGCAGGGAUGCUGGCAGAGGGAGCCCCAGCAAAGGCUGAGCAUAAAAGAAAUCUACGAUAGGCUGACAGCACUGGUCAAAAGUCCGCCUGUCUACUUGGAUAUUUUGGGAUAAUUACAGUCCUUGGAGAGAUCAUUCAUAUAAUCUACAGCUGGAAGAUAACUGGUUCAUGACCAGUGUGGCCACAAGUCCUUUGUGUUUCAUCCCCUUGAUUCCCUUUUGCUAACAGACUUGAAAAUGGAAAAGGAGAUGGCCAUGCUUAUAAUACUUUUUUUAGAAUCCUCAACAAAUGCAAUGUAAGGAUGGACCAAACUCUCUGACCUCUUAUUAUUACCUAGUAGGAAAUUGUGUUGGAGCACUUUUUGGGAAGCAGUAUCUGUUAAAG